AUGCCAUCAUCCAAGCGGGUAAGGCCUCCAAUACGUCUCAGAAUUCUCAUCGGAAUUGCGCCUUACUCAUUUCAUCCUGAGCAUUUAGAUCGCAAAAAGAGAAAAAAUGAAGAACUCGCAAGCAAAAUUCUUGGUAAAAACAGAAAGACGGUCGCCGCAGGCGCGGGAGCUGGAAUCAAGGCUCAGAAAACGAAGCCAGGGAGUCUCGCCAGUCGGAUUGGUGUUGUAAAGCCAGCGCCGGUACGAGCAGCGGACUCGCAACCAAAACGCGCCAGCAAGCGUCGCCCAGAUGAAGAACGCCUUCUCUCAGCGCUCAACCCAGCGAAUGGACAAUCAACGGUGCGCGACAAUCCAGUUGGUAUAACUAUUCGAGGAGCAGGGUCAGGAUCUUUCGUCGUGAUUGGGAGCAAUUUCGCUCCUGGCACCACAGCAGCAGACAUCCAAUCCGCUAUUGAACCGUUAUCGGGACAGAUAUUGAGCUGUUGGAUCACCUCGCAGCAUCCUACUGUCACGGCCGAAAUCACGUACGCCGACAAAUGGGCCGCAGAAAAAGCCAUUGCCAACUUCCACAACCAAAGGGCUGACGGCAGAAUUCUGUCCAUGCGGUUCAAGCACAUCACGCCCGAACCGACACCAUCUCAGCACGUACAGAACCCUCAGUCCUCCUUCAGCAAUUUACGAGAGCAAGCAGAUCGCGAGCGACGUCUAAACCGGAAAGCUGAACCUACCGUGCAGGAUGGAAGGUACGGUUUCGCUGAAGGAGAUGACCAAUUGCUUUCUCACGGCGAUUCUCGGGGCAAUGGCCGUUCCAACAGGCGCAAUGCGAGAGGCAACCGAGCGUACGGACGAGCUGGGAGGCAAACAAACCAGAAUACACAAGAGACUGGGCUUUACAGCGACCAAAUGAUGGUUGAUCCACCCACGCAGAACUCCAGUCAUAGGGGUGGACGGUACCGAUGA